AUGGCUUCACUCGGAAAAUACGUCUCCAAGCUCGCAGGAUCUCGCGUCCUCGUCAUCGGCGGUUCAUCAGGAAUCGGCUUUGGCGUCGCAGAAGCAGCGAUCCAGAACGGCGCCUCGUCUGUAUUCAUCUCCUCUUCUUCCCAGACAAAGAUCUCCAGCGCCAUUGAGCGCCUCAAGGAGAACAACCAAUCUGCCAAGGCUCAACUCCACGGGUUUCCCUGCAACUUGGGCUCGCCUGACACACUCACCUCAGAGGUUGAGAACCUCUUCACCGAGGUCGCCAAGUCUGGCAAGCUAGACCAUGUUGUCUUCACCGCAGGCGACAAGCUCGCUGUUGGAAAGCUGGAGGACUUCACCCUCGAUGCAAUUCGUCAAGCUGGCACCGUGCGCUUCUUCGCACCACUUGUUGUCGCGCAGCAACUCCGCAAGCACCUGAACGAAAGCGGCUCAUCAUCAUUCACCGUCGCUACUGGUGGUGCAACAGAGCAUGUCUCCAAGGAUUGGUCAAUCAUGUAUUCUUACCUCUCUGGUCUUCGCGGCAUGAUCCGUGGUUUGGCAGUUGAUCUUGCGCCGAUUCGUGUCAAUGCUGUUGCGCAGGGCCCAACGGACACUGAGAUCUGGAGCUACGUCAAGGAGAUGGGGUAUUGGGAUAAUGUGACUGGGCACUUGAAGGGAAGAAUGACGACGGGUGAGAUCGGAAAGGUUGAGGACGUUGUGGAGGCGUAUUUGUACUUAAUGAAGAACAAGAAUACUUCUGGUAGUGUUGUUGAGACUACGGGAGGAACAUUGCUGUCUUAG